CUCGCGGCGCCGCCUCUUGCUCCUCCCGCUGCCGCCCUGAGUCAUUCCCUGCGCAGCUCCUGCCGCCUGGCUUCGCGUUUUAGCCGCCGAUAUUUGGCGUUCUUACAACAUGGCAGACAUUGACAACAAAGAACAGUCUGAACUUGAUCAAGAUUUGGAUGAUGUUGAAGAAAUAGAAGAAGAAGAAACGGGUGAAGAAACAAAAAUCAAAGCGCGUCAGCUGACUGUUCAGAUGAUGCAAAAUCCUCAGAUUCUUGCAGCCCUUCAAGAAAGACUUGAUGGUCUGGUAGAAACACCAACAGGAUACAUUGAAAGCUUGCCUAGGGUAGUUAAAAGACGAGUCAAUGCUCUUAAAAACCUUCAAGUUAAAUGUGCACAAAUAGAAGCCAAAUUCUAUGAGGAAGUUCAUGAUCUUGAAAGAAAAUAUGCUGUUCUUUAUCAGCCUCUAUUUGAUAAGCGAUUUGAGAUUAUCAAUGCAAUUUAUGAACCUACGGAAGAAGAAUGUGAGUGGAAACCAGAUGAGGAGGAUGAAAUUUCAGAGGAGCUAAAAGAAAAGGCCAAGGUUGAAGAUGAGAAAAAGGAUGAAGAAAAAGAAGACCCCAAAGGAAUUCCUGAAUUUUGGUUGACUGUUUUUAAGAAUGUUGAUUUGCUCAGUGAUAUGGUUCAGGAACAUGAUGAACCUAUUCUGAAGCACUUGAAAGAUAUUAAAGUGAAGUUCUCAGAUGCUGGCCAGCCUAUGAGUUUUGUUUUAGAGUUUCACUUUGAACCCAAUGAGUAUUUCACAAAUGAAGUGCUGACAAAGACAUACAGGAUGAGGUCUGAACCAGAUGAUUCUGAUCCCUUUUCUUUUGAUGGACCAGAAAUUAUGGGUUGUACAGGGUGCCAGAUAGAUUGGAAAAAAGGAAAGAAUGUCACGUUGAAAACCAUUAAGAAGAAGCAGAAACACAAGGGACGUGGAACAGUUCGAACUGUGACUAAAACAGUUUCCAAUGAUUCUUUCUUUAAUUUUUUUGCCCCUCCUGAAGUUCCUGAAAGUGGGGAUUUGGAUGAUGAUGCUGAAGCUAUCCUUGCUGCAGACUUUGAAAUUGGCCACUUUUUACGUGAACGUAUAAUCCCACGAUCAGUGUUAUACUUUACUGGAGAAGCUAUUGAAGAUGAUGAUGAUGAUUAUGAUGAAGAAGGUGAAGAAGCGGAUGAGGAAGGGGAAGAAGAAGGAGAUGAGGAAAAUGAUCCAGACUAUGACGUGAAGAAGGAUCAAAACCCAGCAGAGUGCAAGCAACAGUGAAGCAGGAUGUGUGUGGCCUUGAGGAUAACCUGCACUGUAAUAGCCUAAACACAACUAUUAUUUACUUACAGCCUUAUCUUUCUGUAUUUUCUUGGUAGACUGUAAUUUUUUUAAAGGAAAGGAGCUGAUUUUAAACACAAAUUUGUUCUACCUAACAUUUUAACUAUAGUUUUCUGUCAGAUAUGUUGAAUGCAGAAAUUCUCUCAGGCACGUUCAUUCAUUGCUGCGUAGUUUGGUUCUUAUGGAGUAUUUUUAUCAUUAAAAUACAGCUUAUGUAAUUGACAAUUGAUAAACUAAUUUCUUGUUUUAUGAAUUAUUUUCCUGAAGAACCAAAGUACUUUUUUCAGCUGGUAGUGGAAUGAGUUUAAAUCUGCUUGCAUUAGCUGUGCCUUUUAUUACUGUUACCGAAGUGCAGUGACUUUAUACUAAAAGAGACAAUUCAUUUUUUUUUUUUUUUUUUAACUUGAUGAGACCAAGUAGAUGGUUAAGAAUUUCCAGUAAGACUUCAUCUGAUAAUACCAGAUUGUAUAUGGAUUUUUGCAUUUUAGUGACAUAAUUAACUAUAAAGAAGCCUAACUCAUAGUAUGUGGUGUUGGUUGCCACAAGGAAGUGAAUAAAACUUAGUAUUUUCAGAAGUUAACCUCAUACUAUUUAACUGUACUUUUAAAUUUAACCUCCAUUAACUAAGCAUCUUUUCUUUGUGGUAGGGUCUACCUUCUGCUUCCCUGGAAAGGAUGACUUUACAUCAUAUGACAAGCCUAUUUCAAGUUUUUUUUUUGUUGUUGUUGUUUGUUUGUUUGCUUGUUUUUGUUUUUGCAACCUAAAAUAAAAAUGUCAAAUAUAAUUUUAGUUCUCAUAAGAUAAUGUUUUAAUUUUAUAUUGAUUCAGGUAGAGGCAGAGAGGUCUAGCUUAAAAUGUUUGCCCGUUUUUUUUUACCAUAUUGGAGAAAAGCAUGCCAAGUUUGGAAGAUGGUACUAUAGCUGCUAAUAAGCAA